AGUAAUAAUCUGUGGAAAUUACAAUUUGCACGUGUGUACUGUAUGCAGCUGAGUUGUCGACUCUGAACGCACUGAACUUCAAAAUUAUCAUCAUGGACAUGAAUUCUUUCGGAUCACCAGGUGGGGCUGGGAAGAUGGAUAGCGCCAAAAAGGGCCAGAUAAUGGAGGAAGUAAGGACACAAAUCGCAUUAGCGAAUGCACAAGAAUUAUUACAGAAAAUGACUGAUAAAUGCUUCAAGAAGUGUGUGAAUAAACCAGGCACAACACUAGAUAGCUCAGAGCAGAAAUGCAUCGCAAUGUGCAUGGAUAGGUACAUGGACUCCUGGAAUACAGUUUCAAAGGCAUACAAUGCAAGACUUCAACGGGAGCACAAUAAACAUUAAUCAAACAACCUUCCAAGAUUAGAUAGUUAGUAGUUUUGUACAUCAGCUCAGUCUUCAGUGAUGAUCAGACGUGGCGGCCUACCUCACAAUCAUUGAGAAGUUGCCAGGAAAGCACUGCAGCACUAAGAGGAAAAUCACAAUUUGGACGGUUUGGAGCAAGAAUGGCAUUGAUUAAUUCUAAUACACACACAGUUACUGCCGUUCUGACUCUGAACAGAUCAUUUUUGAAUUUUUACUUUAUUUUACUUGAAAAUCAGUCUCAUGGUUUUAGCAUCCUAUGAAAAAAGACAGGCAGUCAUAAGAUCAUGAUAGUAAAGGGCCUACCAUGACUCGUAGAUUGCCUUAAAGCCCCACUGUACUACUUGUAGCUACUUGCUCCCUCUAUAUAGGAAACUUCCCCAAUCGGUGCCUGUUGUUCCCCCGUGAUCCUCUUUUUCUUAUGUUAAUUAAGAGCUGAGUUGAAGAGAUAGCCACCUGUCAAUGACCACGCUGAGUGGUCUAAUCCCUUCUGGCCUAACGGCCUUUAAACUAAAGGUUGUCAAGAUUGUGAGAUUUUAAUCUGCUGGUCAAUCUUACAAUUGCUAGACUGCUGUGCAAGAGUGAACAUUUCCUCCCAAGAUACUUUUAUGCCUGGAUAGAUACAUGGGUAUUUUAACUAUUUUUUAAAGAGUGAAACUUCUUUUAACACCCAUUAUUUUUAAGUUAUGAUCUUGUUUCAUAGAAUUUAAUGAAGUGUUGAAAAAUAAAUAUGUGGUACCCAAUCUAUAGAAACUCAUGAAAUUUAUAAGUUAAUACAGGUGUACUGUAGCUGGCAAAAAUUAUAAUGUCCAUCACUUGGUGGAGGGCACUUUAAAAGCCUGUAUGGAAUAAUUUGUGUACUUGUGAGAAAUUUGUUAUGAUAUUCUACCAAAGAAAGAGAAACGAUUCUACACAUUUGAUGUGUAUGUUAGUACACAUGAUAUUCUGGGAUGUGAGUUUAUUCAGCAAAACCAUGCAAUCAUCAUUUGCGUGUAUACUGGGUAGCUUAUUUUGUGUCAUUGUUUAGCUAUCAUUUGGACAUUUCUAUAAUCAUAGCGGGUCACUGAAAUGAACUAGGGGUGUAUUAAAAAGCUGUGUUACAAGCAAUUUGAAUUUUGCUAUGCGAGUAGUCUGGCUGUUUUCUAUCUCUUCAGACAUAUGUUGAGGUGUAUCACUGUAAGGCAUGAACUUAAUUUCUUAUAGAAUGACAUUUUGAAUGAACUACUCAUUUAUUAUGAGUUGGUUAUAGAGUUGGUUUGAAUAACAAGGUGAAGAUUUACAGUUAACUCUGCUUAAGUCAAAUCUGUUGGGACCACAAAAAGUGGUCUGACUUCUGCAAAAUUUGACAUUGGAAGUGUAAACAACACUUACUUUGCAUAGUUUAGUCAGAAAAUCCAUUCAACUUAGGGGAAAUUAGACUUGUGCAACUUCAAGUUAUGCAGAGUUAGCUGUACAUGUAUUCACAUUUUUUAUUGCAGUGGCCUGUUAUGUGUAUUCCAUUUGCUGGUCAUGAAGAUCAAUGUUUCAGUACCAAGGAACUAUUAAAAAGGAAGAAUGCUGAAGAAAAAGGAAAUGUUGUCAGAUGAGAGCCAGAGGGGCGUUAAUGCUGUGUUAAAGUAUGUGAGUUAAUGCCUUUCUGGCUCCAAAUAGAUGAGUUAUCAGAUAAGUGAGGUAAAAAUUGAUUUUAGAAAAGAUAAUGACUUACCCGGUAGUAUAAUUCCAUUUUACUUGCAAGGCUUUUACAGUUUGUGGGACAUUUGUUACGCUCACUGUUUCUAUUUUCCACAAAGCGGGCAAUGAGUAUGUAUGAUGGAAGUGUAUUAUAACCAUAGCACUGCAUGAUAUACAUGUAGAGUCAGUGUAGCGUUUUCAUAAUGUUCAGCCCUACAUGAUUACAGGUGGUUUUUUUGCAACUGGCCAGUGUACAUGUGAUGUACAUGUACUAUGUAGUAUGUUUCACUCAGUGUAUUUAUGAUCAUAUUGUAUGUACAAUGGGACUCCACUCUUCCCUUUUUUGCCACGGGGGUCCAAAGUUGAAUAUUUUAUACUGUAGCCCAGUCACACGAACGAGAUCGACACCAGAUCGAGCAAAAUAUUAUAUUACCCCGACAAUAUAGCCAAGAAGCGUACAAUAUGGAGUUGAUUUGAUGGUGGGACUGUGGUAUAGUGAAACCUGUACAGAAAGACUGCUCAAGGGAGAAUAGGCAGGUGGUCUUUAUGUACAGGUUCCUUUGGUACACUUUUAAAUAAGAAACACUAUUCAAGGGAAACGGAAAAUGUGGUCUUUAACUCUUUAUAGACGGAUGGUCUUUCUAUGCAGGUGGUUGCUAAAGCAGGUUUGAUUGUAUUAGUGUUGAGUCCUGUGUGUGUAACACAGACGAGGACUAGACUGAUGUUUGUGAAUUAGAUUGAUUGAUUGAUUCACCUUUACCAAAUUUGUACAUGUAUAUUAAAAAAAAAAGUCUUAAAUUAUA